GAGCAGGCAGCGGGCUGAGCAGGGCUGCUGUGGAUGGAGGGACCUUGGGAGGCUGGGCCCAGCUAGAGUCCUGAGCUCCCCGUGCCCUUGACUUCUCUGUGGGCUCAAACAAGGAGCACCGGAACUCGGAAUGAAUCCUCCUUCAGGGCCAAGAGUGCCGCCAAGUCCAGCCCAGGAGCCCAGCUGUGUGGCUACCCCAGCCCUGCCCAGCAAGGGGGACAGCUCCCAGAGCAGCAUCUCCAGCCUGGGCCAGCUGCUGCCCACCAGCCCCACGGCAGCUGGGGCUCGGGCUGCUGCCUGGGUCCCCUUCCCCACGGCUGAUGUUCCAGACCACGCCCACUAUACCUUGGGCACGGUGAUCUUGCUGGUGGGGCUCACAGGGAUUCUGGGCAACCUGACGGUCAUCUACACCUUCUGCAGGUGGCUGGUUGUUCAUGGAGUCACUAUGGUGAUCCCGAGCAGGAGCCUCAGGACGCCUGCCAACAUGUUCGUUAUCAACCUCGCAGUCAGCGACCUCCUCAUGUCCGUCAGCCAGGCCCCUGUCUUCUUCGCCAGCAGCCUCUAUAAGCGGUGGCUCUUUGGGGAGGCAGGCUGCGAGUUCUAUGCCUUCUGUGGGGCUCUCUUUGGCAUCUCCUCCAUGAUCACGCUGAUGGCCAUCGCCCUGGACCGCUACCUGGUGAUCACACGCCCAUUGGCCACUAUCGGCGUGGCAUCCAAGAGACGGGCGGGGCUUGUCCUGCUGGGCGUCUGGCUCUAUGCCCUGGCCUGGAGUCUGCCACCCUUCUUUGGCUGGAGUGCCUACGUGCCUGAGGGGCUGCUGACAUCCUGUUCCUGGGACUACAUGACCUUCACCCCGUCCGUCCGCGCCUACACCAUGCUUCUCUGUUGCUUCGUGUUCUUCCUGCCCCUGCUUGUCAUCAUCUACUGCUAUAUCUUCAUCUUCAGGGCCAUCCGAGAGACAGGACGGGCUCUCCAGACCUUCGGGGCCUUCAAGGGCACCAGUGAGUCCCCGCGGCAGCAGCAGCGGCUACAGAACGAGUGGAAGAUGGCCAAGAUCAUGCUGCUGGUCAUCCUCCUCUUCGUGCUCUCCUGGGCCCCCUACUCUGCUGUGGCUCUGGUGGCCUUUGCUGGGUACGCGCACGUCCUGACGCCCUACAUGAGUUCGGUGCCGGCUGUCAUCGCCAAGGCCUCUGCCAUCCACAACCCCAUCAUUUAUGCCAUCACCCACCCCAAGUACAGGGUGGCCAUUGCCCAGCACCUGCCCUGCCUGGGGGUGCUGCUGGGCGUGUCGCGCCAGCACAGUCGCCCCUACCCCAGCUACCGCUCCACCCACCGCUCCACGCUGAGCAGCCAGGCCUCCGACCUCAGCUGGAUCUCUGGACGGAGGCGCCAGGAGUCGCUGGGCUCUGAGAAUGACAUGGGCUGGACGGACAUGGAGGCGGCGGCCACAUGGGAGGCCGCCCCUCGAGUGAGUGGGCGGUGCCCCUAUGGUCAGGGCCUGGAGGACAUGGAAGUCAAGGCCCAGGGACAGGAAGCCGAGACUCCAGGGAAGACCAAGGGGCUGCUCCCCUGCAUGGACCCCAGGAUAUAG